GCCCAACAGACACACUUCGUAAUCAGAGCCCUUUAAAUUUACGAAAAUGGUCGCUUUCCUCCUGUCCUCUCCCCAUCCCCAUCCCCAACCCUUCUUCUUCUUCCUCACUCCUUCUCCAAUCUCAAUCGCCGCCUAAUUGCUCGAAUCGAAGAAGACGAGGAAGAAAGAAGUUCGGUCGCCUUAUUGCAGUGGAAGAAUUCAAAAUUGGGGUUUCGAUAAUUCUGAGGUGUAUUUCAACUGAAGGAAGGAAGUGUUAAUGGUUAGUCAGUGUGGGUCUGAUGAGGAAGGAGAUGAUGUGUGUGUAAUCUUUUGAGGUUGUCGUUUUCUUUCGAUUUUUCGAGCGUCUCGCUGUCGUUGUUUCGGUGAAUGCCUGCUUUCUCUAUUCAUCGAUUUUCACUAUCAGUUUCGACGGUGGUUGUUGAUUUCUUCAGGAACCUUUUUUUGUUUAUUUUUUAAUUUUUGAUUAAAGGCUGGUUCGAAGGGUUUAAGAUUGUUUGGAGAAAUCGAUAGAUUGGAUACUGCAAGGCUGGUUCGAGAAAAUUAAGUUUGUUUGGACAGAUAGAUUGACAGACAUAGAGACGAUGAACGGCGCGGCCUUGGUGGCCAUUGCCGCCACGAUCGGAAACUUUUUGCAGGGCUGGGAUAAUGCAACUAUUGCAGGAGCCGUUGUUUACAUAAAAAAGGAGCUCGAGUUGGGGGCCGCCAUAGAAGGGCUAAUCGUGGCCAUGUCGCUGAUCGGCGCGACGGUAAUCACCACUUGCUCGGGUUCGAUUUCCGACUGGGUCGGUCGUCGCCCGAUGCUCAUUCUAUCAUCCUUGUUUUAUUUCGUCAGCGGCUUGAUAAUGCUGUGGUCUCCCAACGUUUACGUCUUACUCCUUGCGAGACUAUUCGACGGGUUUGGCGUCGGUCUCGCGGUAACCCUAAUCCCUCUAUACAUUUCCGAGACCGCCCCGCCGGAAAUCCGGGGCCUUCUGAAUACGCUCCCGCAGUUCAUGGGCUCGGCCGGGAUGUUCUUGUCCUAUUGCAUGAUCUUUGUCAUGUCCCUACAGCCCGCGCCAAGCUGGCGGCUGAUGCUCGGAGUUCUCUCCGUCCCGUCUCUUGUCUACUCCGCCCUAACAGUUUUGUAUUUGCCCGAAUCGCCUCGAUGGUUGGUUAGCAAAGGGAAGAUGGUCGAGGCGAAAAAGGUUCUCCAACGGCUCCGCGGACGGGACGACGUUUCGGGGGAGAUGGCAUUGCUCGUCGAGGGUCUAGCGAUCGGCGGCGAAGCUUCGAUAGAGGAGUUCAUCAUCGGCCCGGGAGAGGAAGUUGAUAAGGAUCGAGAGACGUACGCCGAUAAGGACCGUUUUAAAUUGUAUGGUGCCGAGGAGGGUCUUUCGUGGGUGGCGAAACCCGUAACGGGGCAGAGUCGACUCAGCCUCGUUUCUCGGCACGGUAGUAUGGCGAACCAGAGCUCGCCGCUUAUCGACCCGCUGGUGACGCUCUUUGGCAGUGUCCACGAGAAGGUUCCGGAGACGGGGAGCAUGCGGAGCAUGCUGUUCCCGAAUUUUGGGAGCAUGUUCAGUGCCGUCGAUCCGCAAAUCAAGAACGAGGAGUGGGACGAAGAGAGCCUGCAGAGGGAUGGCGACGAUUACGCAUCGGACGUGAACUCCGACGACAAUUUACACAGCCCGUUGAUUUCGCGACAAACGACGAGCCUCGAGAAGGACUUGCCGGCGGCGCCGACGUCGCACGGGAGCAUUCUGAGUGGCAUGAGACGGCGGAGCAGCCUUAUGCAAGGCGACGGAACGGGAAUCGGUGGCGGAUGGCAGCUGGCGUGGCGGUGGUCGGAGAAGGAAGGCGACGACGGGAAGAAAGAGGGAGGGUUCAAGAAGGUUUUCCUUCACCAGGAGGCGGUGGCGGUGGCGGGAUCGAGACGCGGCUCUCUCGUCUCAAUCCAGGACAGCGGCGUCGACGUUCCCGUCGACAGCGAGUUCGUCCAUGCCUCGGCUAUCGUAAGCCAGUCGGCCCUUUUCCCGAAGGCGCUCGUCGAUCGACAUCCUAUCGGGCCGGCGAUGGUUCAUCCAGCACACGAGGCGUCGAAAGGGCCGAGCUUUGCGGCUCUUCUUGAACCGGGAGUUAAACGAGCGUUGGUCGUCGGAGUUGGGAUUCAGAUACUCCAGCAGUUUUCGGGGAUCAAUGGAGUUUUGUACUACACUCCCCAAAUUCUUCAGCAGGCUGGGGUGAGUGUUCUUCUUUCGAACCUCGGACUCGGGUCGGAUUCAGCGUCGUUUCUCAUCAGCGCGUUCACGAAUUUGUUGAUGCUGCCGAGCAUCGCCGUCGCGAUGAGGUUUAUGGACAUUGCUGGGAGACGGUCGCUGCUGCUGACGACGAUCCCGAUUCUGAUAGUGUCCCUGGUGAUUCUGGUGAUCGGGAAUGUGUUCGAUUUGGGGUCGGUGGCGCACGCGGUGAUCUCGACGAUCUGCGUGGUCGUGUACUUCUGCACGUUCGUGAUGGGGUACGGGCCGAUCCCGAACAUCCUGUGCUCGGAGAUAUUUCCGACGAGGGUGCGGGGGAUGUGCAUUGCGAUAUGCGCGCUCGUGUUUUGGAUCGGGGACGUGAUCGUGACGUACACGUUGCCGGUGAUGCUGGGCUCGAUGGGGCUGGCCGGAGUGUUCGGGAUUUACGCGGUGGUUUGUGCAGUGUCGUGGGUGUUCAUAUUUGCGAGGGUGCCGGAGACGAAGGGGAUGCCGUUGGAGGUGAUAACGGAGUUCUUCGCCGCCGUCGGGGCGCAGCGGGGGAGGCACGAGUAGAGCACGUGACAAGGGGGGAUGGUUUAUAUUUACGUUGUGUUUUGCGACGAGGACGGCGUCGUUUUGAAGUAGAGUUGUUUGUAGGAACUUAUAUUUGGGUAGGACAAUGCAUGUGGAAGGAAUUGAACUUUAUUAAAUGGUUGUGUGUUUGUUUUUGUCGACAUUUUGCUGAAAUUGAUUGUCACGUUAUAAAAUAGCUGCUACAGUGUUGAAUUUUAA